UUUCUUUAAGGCGCUUGCCUACCACUGUCUGCUUUGUUUAGCCAGAGGGGAGAGUCACGCCAUCAGAACAGAAGAACAUGCUUUAAUUCGGAAAAGUAGAGGUAAACAAAGGUAAGAAACGUUCACCUCUGGAGCAAGAAUCGACUAUUUGGGCAAGGUUACUGUUUCGUGCGUGUCGGAAUGAAGUCUACUCAAAUCUUACUAUCCACUGCACUUAUUUUCCUUCUCUCGGGACUUUCCAUGACCACAGCCUGCAACAAGGCUCUCUGUGCCAGUGAUGUCAGCAAAUGUCUCAUUCAGGAGCUGUGUCAGUGCAGGCCCUCGGAUGGGAACUGCUCGUGCUGUAAAGAGUGUAUGCUCUGUCUUGGCACACUGUGGGAGGAGUGCUGCGACUGUGUGGGGAUGUGUAAUCCUAGGAACUACAGUGACACUCCAGCUACCUCCAAAAGCACAGUGGAGGAACUCUACCGACCCAUCCCCUCACUGUUCCGUGCCCUCACCGAGGGUGAAGCGCCCAUCAACAUGAUGGUGGUGUCCUUCCCCGUGGCCGAGGAACUAUCUUACCACGAGAACCUGGUGUCUUUCCUGGAGACCAUCGAGGACCAGCACCAAAAUGUCUCCCUGCCUGGGAACAGUAUCCACGCCAGCUACGAUAACACUCAAAGUACCGAAGAUAACAUGUGCACUGUGGUGUACUUUGAUGACUGCGUGUCCAUCCGCCAGUGCAAGCAGUACUGCGAGUCCAUGGGCGGCUCCAAGUACCGCUGGUUCCAUAACGCCUGCUGUGAAUGCAUCGGCCCAGAGUGCCUCGACUACGGCAGCAAAGCCGUCAAGUGCAUGAACUGCCUGUUCUAAUGAAAGCCAAUGGGACUUGCCACGUUAGGGUACUGUGCUCAAAAUGCCACAAGGGGGCACUGUCUGCAAUAUGCAGAUGGUCUGAUGAGGUUGAUGGAGGAAGAUGACUUGUGCCUCAGCCUUUUGUAAAAUGUUUCCAUAUUGUGAUGUAAAAUAUUAGCCCUUACAAAUUAUUUUUCACUCUUGAAUUUGUUUUUAUAUCUUAUAUAGGUUCUCUAGCAGAGAAUAAAUAUAUAUUGAUUGUUUUAUAUUCUCAUAUAGUUAAUGCUGAAAGAGUCACUAUGACAAAUCGUUUUUUUUAUAUAUAUAUCUAUAGCCGCGUAAAGACAGCAAUCAAUGUUAUCUAAUCUCUAGUGAAAUGGCAUUUUAUUUUUGUUGUAAUGGACAAUCAUAGUAAAUACUGUUUGUAUAAUUAUUAUAUCAUUGUUAGCUAUAUAACAUACACUACAUGGCCAAAGGUAUAGACACCUGCUCGUCAAACAUCUCAUUCCCAAAUCAUGGCCAUUAAUAUGGAGAUGGACCCCCCCCCCCCUCCCCUUUGCUGC